GCUCGUUUGAAAGGAAGAAGUCAUCUCCGUGGUUACCGACAGUCGUGUUGCUCACACAGAAAGUUUGUUUUUUGGCUUUGCAGGAAAAAAGUAGCUCAGUACGUUGCAGUGAAUGUUAAAUAUGCUGCCUUUGAAGCAUGUUGUGUUGUUGUUCGGGGCACUGGCGUCGCGUUGAAAGCUGUCAACACCAGAAAACAAACGGAAAAUACAGUGUUUAGCGUAGAGGUGGCUAACGUUAGCUGCUACGGUAGCACUGUUUUGCAUAAAUAUAGCGCAGUCCUGUUUCUACUGGUGCUGCUACAGUCUUCAUAUCUGUCCGCUUAGCAAAUUGUCGAAACAGUCCCAAAAUGAGCUCCAAAGACGACGCUCGCAUCCUGGUUUUGGAGGAGCAGGUGAAGAGUUUAUCAGAUGAGUUGAUGCAAUGCCAGGCAGACAAGGAGUUUGUGUGGUCCCUGUGGAAACGCCUGCAAGUGGCAAAUCCGGACUUGACCCAGGCUGUUAGUUUGGUGGUUGAGCGUGAGAAGCACAAAGCUGAGAUGAAGGACCGGAAAGUGUUGGAGAUCCUCCAGUCCAAAGACUACAAAAUACAAGAGCUGGAGCAGAAAGUGUCAGGACAGCAGCAGGAGAUGAACAGCUUUGUACAGAGGAGGACAACAGUGGAAGAGGAGAGUGCUUUAAUGAAGAAGGAGCUGACAGCUCUGCGUGAACAACUGGUCAAUAAGAGUCAGCAACUUAAGGAAAUGAAGACAGAGUGUAGGAGGAAAGAGGAGGAGGAGCAGCAGGUGGUGCAGGCUCUAGAGGAGGAGAAAGAGGGAUUAACUUCCCGCUGUGCCGCCCUGCGAGCUGACCUGGAGGAGAAACAGAGGCAGGCCAGCAGCCAACGAGACCAGAGGGAUGCUGCCCAGGCCAGAUUAAAGGAUCUGGAGGAGGAACUGCAUAAAGCUUGGCAGGAGCUGUCUGCCUUGCAGAGCCACAGUAGAAAUCUUGAAGUUCAGCUUUCUUCCAAAGAGAGGGAGGUAACAACUAAAGAGGAGCAACUCGAUCGACUUCGUCGUGAUUUUACAGAAGUGCAGACUCUGUACAGACAGAGCACGGAGCAUGCAUCAGAGCAGAGCCACCUGAUCAAGCAACUGGAAGGACUCAACCUAGACACACAGAGGGUCCUGAGGAACCAAGAAGAGGCACAUACUGCUGACACCACUUCCUAUCAGCGGCUAUACAAGGAGUUGAGUCAGUGCUACCAGGCUCUUGUCACUAGUGAGGCCAAGCUCCGUCAGAGUCACCAGGAGCUCAGCAGCCAGUUGGCUCAAAAAGACCAACAUAUCUUGGAACUCCAGGCCCAGCUACAGCAACAACAGGAACAAAUACAACAGCAGCAGCAGCAGCAGCAACAAGCUCAGCAGACAGCCCUUUACCCCUCACCAAACAGACAAACCAACUUCAGGGCAGUGUCAGAACAGUCUUUUGCUGCAGCUCAGGGGUCUGGCCCUAACUCUGACCAGGUCUCCACUCGAAGUUCAGAUCUCAGGCCAGAAGACAAGAAUUUCCAUCACAGAUCUACCAGUUCUGUCAGAAGACAGAAGGGUGCACCUGUGCAGCGGUCCAGGUCUCUGUCCCCAGCCAGCAGUGUGGGGUUGGAAAGUGGAAGGAGGGAAGGAGCAGAGAGGAGGAUUCAAGACCUUGAGGAGCUGCUACAAUUGAAGGUGGAGGAGAAUGAGGAGCUGAGAAGGGCUCAUCAUAAUCGGCGUGAACGCCUGUGUUUAAUUCAGACGAACUACAAGACAGUGAGAGAUCAGCUGAAAGAGUUGGAGAAAUCGAACGGCUUGUCAGGAGGAAGGAUACAACAUGCAGCACCCUGGCAGCUUCGACAAGAGAACAGUGAUGCUGUGUGGAAUGAGCUCGCCUACAUGAAAAACCUCAACAGGAAGCUCUCCCUUGAAAAAGCUGUCCUGGAAGAGGAACUGGACACACUGCGAGUCCAAGCUGCAAUGGACCGGGCCACAGUAAAGGAGCUCCACCUGUGUCUGGCUAAUGAACACCAAGAAUUGCUGCACAAAAUGGUAGAGGAGCACCAGGUCAACAGCAGCACUCCGAAAAAACCUUCUCUUUCUUCAGGCCGAAUGGAACAGUCAUUUAAAAAGAUUGAGCAGCUGGAGCAGAGGAUGGUGUCCCUGGAGGAGCAGACAAAGAGGCUGAGGGAAGAGAAAGAACAGCUACUUGAGGCCAACAAAGACUUGGCCCACAACUGUCACAGACUCCAAGCCUCUGUGGAUCAUCUGCGAACCCAAGAAGCUGUCCGUGAAGAGGCAGCCCGUGCCCAGGCCUUGUACCAGGGGGAGCAACAUCGCAGUGAGAUCAUGGCUCUAGAAGCCCAGCUGGAUGCAUCUCAGAAAGAGGCUACCAAGCUUCAUCAUCAGAUGCUGAAGCUGAGACAGGACCUGGGGAUUCUCAGAGCAGCUAGGGACUUCUAUAGGAACCGUGCAGCAGCUCCAGCACGGGCAGGUGGGAUCGCUAACAACAUUAGCAGCAAGGUCAAAUUGAAAGCAACCAGGCACAGAGGUCCGCUACGCCAGCGCAGUCACCAAACAGUCAGCCCCAAUCAAGCCAUCAGCUGGCAAGGCCGCAGCACAAGUCCCGCUAAGGACGAGUGGGAGGACAUGAGCGUCGAUAGUGACAGUGGUGAGGAGUAUUCGGACAGUCUCAACAGUGUGCCCUCAGGGACAGCGCCUUACAGACAACUUGCUAAUAGAAAGUCCUACAGGUGUGCGCCGAGCAGAGCACCAGCAGCAGACUCUCGCAGAAAGCGGCACGAUGUUCUGGCCCAAGACAAUAAACAGCAUGAGCCCUGGGAACAAGGGACAAGAGGAGAGAAAAGGAGGUGGAGGAGGUUGCUGAUGAAGACCCAGCGCUGCUCCUCCUCUUCUCUGCAGCAGCGCGUCGAGUCUCUACAGCGUCACGUUGACAUACUGCGAAGUGCCAGGAAAGAUGCUAUGCUUUCAGCCCAAGAGCUGCGAAGGACCAAUGAAAUAAUCACGGCGCAGCUCAACUCCCUCACUGAGAAACUCUGCAGCAGCAAGCAGCUCACACAGAAACUAACCUCUGACCUGGCUGGUGUGGAACAGCAGAAAAAGGUUUUGGAGAUGGAGCUGGAGCAGUGGAAGCAGAUCACGUUCCCCUCGCAAACUGCACCACCACCAACCACACCAGUAAAUGCAGAGUGCUCCUGCAAGGGCAAAACCACGCCUGCCCCAGCUAACCCGGCACCCCAGGCCCUGGACACUGAGGUCAAACAACUUCAAGCCAAACUUAAGAGUGCAAGUGCAGAGGUCACAAGGCAGGUGGCAGCUAACAAAGCCCUGCGAGGCCAGCUCCAGGAGAAGGACGACAAGCUCUGCCAGCUGCAGGACAAGAUGAGCCACACAGAGCGAGAUGUGAACAUGAAAAGGCAGCUGGUGGAGGAUCUGAAGACAAGACUGAAAUUCCUGCAGGAGAUGGAGAAAAGCUACCGGGGACAGGUGGAGGAGCUAGAGAAGAAGGUGAAGACUUUAUCGGAGGAGGCCGCCAACAGGAAGGCCCUCAUUGAAUCUCUAAAGAGAAGGCUGAAUGUGGCAACAACAGAGAAAAGCCAGUACGAGGCCUCCUGUACAAAACUGAAAGAAGACCUGGGAAAAAAGGAGCAGCGCAUGCAUGCCCUACAGGCUCGUGUGGGAGCCAGUGAACAGGCUUUGGCUGCACUGGAACAGACAGCCACGGAGCAAAUGGAGGGGUUGACCCAGCAGAGCUCCCAUGCCUUGGACAGGCUUCAGAAGCAGCUAGGCCAGGCCUACUCCCAGCUGGAGCAGCUUCAUUCUUUUAUCAAGGCCUUGGCCAGUGAAAUACUUUUAGACGUUCAAGAGGUCAAGCAGCAGUUGAUGAAGAGGAGGAGGUUGAGGCAGGCCAACUCUGUGGCAGCAAAGGGCGCCCUCUCAGCCAAGUCCAUGAUCAAAGCCAAGUCCAUUGCUGCCUCCAUCCUCAAUAUGUCAGAGAAUGAUCUCGCUGACAUAAUGGAAACUGAUCAGGGGACUGCAGCCUACUUACAGAGUCACAGAGACCAGGAGUGGCUGGACAACCUAAACCACAUCCUCCAGCAGAAGAUCCCCUCUGCUGGCCAGCUAAUGGAGGCUGUGCGCGUGAAGAUGAAGGAGAGGAAAGUGCUGACAGAAGAGCUGGCCGCGCUCACAACACCAGUCAGCGAAAAAGCCUGACUCCCUGGGCUGAGGCUGGGAAAACUGUCAUCCUCUUCUUUUUCUCCCUCCCUUUUUCUCUCCCUCCCCAGUUCCCACUCAGUGGGAGCUGGGCUGAGCCAAGCUGAGCCGGGGCAGCAGAACCAAUAUUUGUGAGAAAAGCACUGUCGACUCACUCUGGGCCACUGGCUCAACACAGCACCCCGGCUUUUGUAAAUGAGCCCUCGACAUCUGUGUUAGCACUCACUGCACUAUGUCUAUCAGACAGGCCCUUUAGUGCCAAGCUAAUUUACAGGGCAGCCACUCUCUUCCACUCUCACUGCAGACCUGGGGUGAUAAGGCAAAUGCUUACACUAAUGUUAAAGUUACACGUUUUUUUUUUUUUGGUUUUGUUUUUUACUUUCUUUUAUCUCCUCUCCUAAUUUAUUUGGCACCUCGAGGACCUUAGGGUGCAGAGAUUUGACCUAGCAAUGCCAAGUCAACACUUUGAGAAGGUCCAGUGCAGCACAGAGCAGAAUAUUCACCAAAAGAGGUUAAAUCUAUUUAGCAAGCUGCUCUCAGAGAUCCUGUCCAAUGAUUGAAGCCAGUAAUUGUUUCAUUUUUUCAAAUGCACUGCAUGUAUUUAUUUUUGAAGUAUACUAACCUUAUAGAUGGAGAAGAUUGUCAUGACUUCUUCUGUUCAUUUGUGCUGUUGAUGAUUUAAUUAUGUUAAAUGACAGUUGUUUUUUUAAUAAAAAAAACCUCUUAAUUUCCAAAUACAAACUCAUUUGACUUAUUU